UCUCGUUCAUUUUUGAUUGAAGCAUUGUUUUAACAGCUUGAAAUCUUGUAAAGUCACAACAAAUACUCGCGACUACAUGGUUAACUUGAUUCCGGGUAUUUCAGUCAUCAAGAUACCAUUAACUAAAAGAAAUCUAAAAUCGAUUAACCUUUCUUUAUCUAUCGUACCCAAACUAUAAGCUUUACGACGGUAUAUUCCUUAACCCUCUUGGAAUGUAUGUACAAUGUAUAUGUAUAGACGGACUCUGUCAACUCCGGUCUAGUUAAGGUGUUUUAUAUCAUCUGUAAGGUGUAAAGUUCUAACAGAUGGAAAGUAAAGUGACUCUUGAGAGUGUGUCUAAAAUGGAUACAUUCAAACGACACCAUGAAAACAGAGCUUUCGAAUACGACGAAGGCGGACUUCCUGUAGAAAAGAGCAAUGGAGCACCAAUUCCUCCACCCGACUAUGGUUCAAUCGAACCUUCUGGAUUUAACAAAGUAAUUGAAGUAACACAAUCAGGCAUUUCUAAUUUCUUUGACAAAAAUAGCCGUGUUAUAUGGAUAAUCAUUGGAGUUAUUGCAUUUGCUUUGUACUGCUGGUACCUAGUGGAAGCAAUGUUAUAUGAAUUCGGCACGGAACCAGCAUAUCGUCUUUUAAUUGGAACAAUUCUAGUGCUUAUAUUCAUGGUGUCUUUAGCAAUCAUGUCGAAGUUUCCUGCAAAGAGUUGCAAUCCUCGUCUUCGCCACUGGAAAAGAAUUUCUGCAUGGACCCACAGAUCUGUCGCAGGAGGACUCAUUAUUUUUGCAAUUGCAUACAUAAUAGCUGAAAUCGGUUUCAAAACGCCAAGGAAUUUGAUAUCACUUGGUGGGAUGGCAGUGUUAGUUCUCUUCACCUUCGUAUGUUCACACAAUCCUGCUCGGGUGAAUUGGCAACCAGUAUUUUGGGGUAUAAUGUUACAGUUUAUAUUUGCUCUGAUUAUUUUGCGGUGGGGAAUUGGAUAUGAAAUCUUCCAGUGGUUAGGUGAUAGAGUAUUGGAGUUCCUACAGUAUUCAGAUGAAGGAGCAAAAUUUGUCUUUGGAGAUAAAUUUACAGACCAUUUCUUUGCAAUGAAAGUAUUACCAGUUAUUGUAUUCUUCAGUACAGCAGUGUCUGUCUUGUAUUACCUUGGUGCCAUGCAGUUUAUAAUUCGGAACAUUGCAAAAGGAUUAGCUACAGUUCUUGGAACGUCCCCUGCUGAAUCUCUGAAUGCAGCUGGAAAUAUAUUUUUAGGACAGACAGAGGCACCGUUAAUGAUAAGACCGUUCUUUGAGAAGCUAACCGUAUCAGAGAUCCAUGCCGUAUGUACAGGUGGAUUUGCUACAAUAGCUGGAAGUGUAAUGGCCGCUUACAUCAUAUAUGGGGUGCCGGCAAACCAUUUAUUGUCUGCAUCAGUGAUGUCAGCUCCUGCUGCUUUGGCAAUGGCCAAAUUGUUCUGGCCUGAAACAGAAGAAACUCGGGCGACGAGUGAAGAUGUGUACCAGAUGGAAAAAGGAACCGAAAGAAAUGUCAUUGAGGCUGCAUCACAAGGAGCUUCUAAUUCAAUUAAACUAGUGGCUAAUGUUGCUGUAAAUCUUAUAGCAUUUGUUUCUCUUCUUGGAUUCGUAAAUGCCACAUUGAAAUGGUUUGGAGAAAGAGCUGGCAUGAAGCCUCCUGGUCAUGAAUAUUUGACAUUUCAGUACAUUUGUUCGUAUGUGUUCUAUCCAUUGGCAUACCUAAUGGGUGUUGAAACAGUCGAUUGUGGAAGGGUAGCUGAACUGAUUGGUAUCAAAACAUUCAUAAACGAGUUCGUUGCAUAUACAGCACUGUCAAAAUAUAUAAGCAACAGAAAUAAUCUAACAUGGUAUGAAGGAAUGAAUUUCACGGAUUACAAUGCAACUUGGCAUUAUCAAGAUAAAGAUAUUGUGUAUGAUCACAUGAAUAUUACUUUGGACAAGGGUAUAUUACAGGAUAGAUCUGUCGUCAUUUCAACAUAUGCGUUGUGUGGGUUUUCUAAUAUAUCAUCCAUUGGAAUACAGCUUGGUGCGUUAGGUGCGAUGGCUCCUUCAAGAAGAAGUGAUUUGUCACAAGUCAUUAUAAGAGCAAUGAUAGCUGGAAACAUUGCAUGCUUUAUGACGGCUUGUAUAUCAGGACUGUUGUAUGAAGGGGAAUUGUAGAUAAUGAUCUAUAAAGCAUAAUAAGUAGCUGUGUCGGAUCAGGUGUGACAACACAUGACAAAUAUUAAAGGCAGUAUUGCAUAUUUGUUGAAUCCCUGGUGAAGACGAAUCAACGAACAUCACUUUUUGUUUUGUAUCUUAGAACUAUGUUAUAUUUUCAUAAUUUUGAUAAUCAUAUCACAUUUCAUUUAUUACAUUCAUAUAAGGCCAUAUUAUAUUUGUGUUCGUCAUUAUGAAUAGGUUGUACAUAUGAGUUUUAGGAUGUUGUGAUGACGCAGUGUGUCCUUAAUGGUAAGAAAGAAUGAGAAUAUUUUUUUUAAUUUUCACAUUAAUGUUUUGUUAAUUGAUCUCAUGUCUUUGUUUCAUUAUGAAAACAAAUUAUAAAGUCCAACUAAGAGGGUAUAUAAAUAAUGACACAAUUUACCCUAAAUAUUUUCUAUUCUGUAUUCAGUUUGAUUUAUAUGUGCCUAACCCAAAGGAUAAGGUUAAUCUCAUUUGUAUUCACAAAGCCUGAUAACAACAAGAAUAUUAAAGAAUAAUUACAAUAAUUCAAUGCAAUGAAUAUAAACUACAAUUGUUCAAUGCAAUGAAUAAUUACAAUUUUCAAUACAAUUAACUAUUACAAUUGGCCAAUGCAAUGAAUAGUUACAAUUGUUCAAUGCAAUGCAUAAUAGCAAUAGUGCAAUGCAAUGAAUAAUUACAAUUGAUCAAUGCAAUGAAUUAUUACAAUAGUUCAAUGCAAAGAAUAAUUACAAUAGCGCAAUGCAAUGAAUAAUUACAAUUGUUCAGUGCAAGUCAAGCAUUGAGGCAGGUGGAUGCAAUCCUCGUACAGUUUGUUUUUUACCAUAUUGUGUAAAGUGUAACAGAAUAUGUCCCAAUCAUUCAAAUACAAGUUUAAAAGUUGACAAUAGUCUAAAAAAAAAUACGACGGAUGAAGAUGUAUAUCAUG